CUCAAAUCCACCAAGAGCCAUUGAACUGCAUCAGCAAGGGGAAGAACUGAGCCAGAGACCGUGAGGGAGUUACAGUGAUCGGCGGCAGCGCUUGUCGGAACGGAAGAUGAACACUGACAUUACAGCAUCGGUGAAGCCAGAGUACCCAGUGAUAGAUCGGAACCCACCCUUCACCAAAGUGGUCGGUAACUUCAACACUCUCGAUUACCUCCGUUUCGUCACCCUCACCGGCGUCUCCGUCACCGUCGGCUACCUCUCUGGGAUCAAGCCUGGAUUAAAAGGGCCAUCAAUGGUGACUGGAGGGCUGAUAGGAUUAAUGGGAGGUUUCAUGUAUGCUUACCAGAACUCAGCGGGUCGACUCAUGGGGUUUUUCCCUAAUGAAGAUGAGGUUGCUCGUUACCAGAAACGUGAGUUUUAACAACUAGGUUUCUUUUUCCAUUUCUGCCUUUAAAAAUGCUAGCUUUAAGACUUUUCAGUGAUGGAUGAUGUCAAUAAAUCGAAUUGGCAAUUGCACUUUGUUCUCUGAACUUCAAUUGCUUGUACCGUUAAAAGGUUUUUCCUUUGGCCUGUUGUAUCCAAAUACAAUGCUGUGUUUGGUAUUGAUGAAUUGUUAGUUCUCUGAGACAAUCAAAAUUUUUCUAUGAGAACUGUGAUUGAUGUGUAGAAAAAUUUGUAUGUUGGCACGGCGCUGAUUUUGUAACUGGCCAAUGCACACCGAGUACUAUGAUAGCUUUCUCUCAGGAAGUGAUUGUAAAUUCUAUGAUGCAUGUUUUGGGUGAAAUAGAAACUACAAUAGACAUGGGUGUUUCUU